AUGGAAGGCACUCACUGCACCCUUCAAUUGUGUAAGCCCAUUACCGAACUCUGCUACAUCAGCUUCUAUCUUCCAAGGGGGGAAGUCAGAGGAUUUUCAUACAAGGGCACCGUAACUCUAGACAGAUCCAAUAAAGGGCUUCAUAACUGCUACCAAGUCAGGGAGGGGUCAAACGUCAUCAGCCUCAGCCUGCAGCCAAAUGAACAUCCAGGCGACAUAUUUUUCAAGCAAACUCCCACGAAAGACAUUCUAACUGAGCUGUAUAAACUCACAGCAGAGAGAGAGAGACUGCUGGCCAAUCUGCUGAGCUCAGACCACAUCCUGGGGAUCACGAUGGGAAACCAGGAGGGGAAGCUGCCGGAGCUAUCCGUGAGCCUGGCUCCCGAAGAUGACUGUUUCCAGGCUGCUGGCGACUGGCAGGGGGAGCCUCCUGUGGGCUGUCUCAAUAAGAGGAGCACCCAUGGGAACAAAAAGCCCCGGAGGUUUGGUGGAAGGAGAGAGAGCUUCGAGGCGCUCCCACAGAAGAGGACAAGAAGAAAAGGGCGUGGGGGCCAGGAAUUGGCUCCUCAGAUGGGGAAGGACCAGAUCUGUUCAAGCAACUCCCUCCCUCUUUCUCGAGGGAGGCCUCACUUUUGGCUCCUGGAGGAGAGAGGCAACUUGCUCCCAAAUAGGCCACGUACGUCUUCCCUGCUCAGGAGAGAAAGCUGGCCCCCAGGCGUCCCCAGGAUGCUGGACCCUGGCCCUACCUGUAGGAGCUUCAGGAUGGCUUCUGAAGACAUUGAGUGUAGAAGGGGAAGGCUGCUCCCCGACUGCAGCUCCAUAGAGCCUGGGGAUGGUGGUGCUAGGGGGCUACAGAGGGAGCCUCGCAGGCUGGCACAGCAGCAAACAGAAAAUCACCGGGACCCUGAGAAGCACCCAGAUGCAGAGAGGGGCCAGAGGGAGAAGUCUGCUGAGCGGACUCACAGGAAGAAACCUGUUUCCAAAGUGGUGGCCAAAGUCCAGGAUCUGUCUGCUCAGGUGCAGAGGGUAGUUAAAACGCAUCCUGAGGGCGAGGGAAGGAUUGCUGUUUGCUCAGCAGCCCAAGCUGAGUUCAUACCCAGUGCAGAUUUCCUUACCCUACCAGGAGCCGAGGCUGGGGCUCAUGGUUCCAAACAGCGGGACAAGGAGCAGCGAGCGGAUGGGUCCUUGCGGUCGUCGGCCAGGGAUCAUCCUCCAGCCAGCACCGAGGGGGCUGUGAACAAGGUUCUCCUGAAAGUGAUAGAGAGCGAGAAGUUAAAUGAAGCCUCUGAGGGGAAAAGGCUGGGUUUUCCCCUCAGCACAGCGGCCACCCACAUCCUCCCAGACAGUAGAAGCAAGAGGAGAGCUGGGCUGCCUCUGAGUGGCCACAAAAACUUAUUUCUGGAUCUACCCAACAGUGUCGGCCCUGACACUUCACAUCCUGGAGGUGAUGAGGAGAGGCCAUCCCCCCCAGCACUGGCAGCUCUGGGCAUGGUGUUUAAUAAUUCAUCCUCUCAGUCUGGCUCACACAAACUGAUGUCAGCUGUUCCCUCGCCUCUAUCUCCAAGGCUCCCCAGCCCUCAGCAGCAUCACAGGAUCCUCCGGCUGCCUGGUGAGCGGGAAGCCGCUCUCGAUGACUCUCCUGGGAGAAAGAGCGGUGCCUUCUCUGGGUCUCCCUCUGCUGACACCUUGGAGCCAUCAUCCUUUGCAAAGGUCACGGAGACCAAAGGAGCCAGCUCGGCCUUCCUCAGAGCAGACCAACCUCGGUUGGUGCCUGGGGAACCUUUGGAAAAGAGCUUGGGGCCCGGGAAGAUCACAGCUCGGCCUCAGCACCAGUCACCUCCAGCCUACCACUGGGGUCUUCAGUAG